AAAUUGUGUUAUCUAGUUCUAUUCUAAUCACAAAAAUACUUUGUUUUGAUUGCAUCUAGAAGUAAAUGCAUUAAAAACAUUGCCGCGAAUUUAAACAUUUAUUUAGUAUAAAUGCAAAUUACAAUUUCACAAAUAAUUCCAAACAAAAUUUUCAAACAUUUAUAGGAAAGUACAACCAGCACAUAGCUUUGUUAUAUGCUUACAAAUAAUAUGGAAAGAGUGAAAGAUAAUUUCUACCCGAAUGCUAUACAGUGCCUAAUGUCACUGUAUUUGGAAAAAAUACAAAAUUUGGGUUGCUACAACCAGGAUGAGUUUGAUAAUGUGUGGCGUGAUAUUGUCAAAGAUAUGCAAGAGAGUUUCUUUGAGUUCACUUAUGAAGAAAUAAAAACAAAAUUCUAUAGUUUAUGGCACGAAUAUAUAAAAACUUCUUCUGAAAUGGACACCAAAAACUUUGAGUAUUUUACUCAAAUGCGAGAAAUACAUCAAGUGCUAUUGGCCAAAAACUUUACUGCUUAUUUAGAACCCAGAACAAAAGUUGCACGACAACCGCAAAUUAAAUGUAAAGAAGCAGGAAAAAUCAUAGAAAUAAGAAGAAAGUCUAAUUCCAACACAAAGUUGACGACUAAGGAGCCGUUACAAUUUGAAGAGUUCGAUAAUUUGUAUUUACAAAGUUCAAAGAAAAGUGAUACCAACGAAAUUGAACCGCAUGUAAUAACUGAAACUAAAAUUGAAGUUAUUGAUGAUGCACAAGAAUUUGAAUUGGUUGAGGAUGACACCGAUUCACCAUCCGCAAAACGGCCUAAAAUUGUUAAAUCUGAACACAAUAUUUUAACAGAUGAAGUUACACUACCAUACGAAUUGCCAUCCACAGAGUUUUCAUUGCAGUCUGAAUCCCAUUUAAUAAAAGAUAUGACAAUAACAGAGUUCAACGAACAUCAAGAGAGUAGGCAUCAAGAAAGUUUAAAUUUAGCGCGACAGCAUUUAAAAACCCUUGAAGAUAUGGUUAGUUUACAGCGUGCAUUAUUAAAAAAAUUAUAAAAUACAAGUUAAAACAAUUUUCAAUA